UUUAAAAAUUUUCGACUGAUCAAAUACGAGUAAUUUGUUAUACGGUGAAAAAACUUUGAUCCUACUGUGAUAUAAUAAUAAUAAUAAUAUUAUUAAUAAUAAUAAUAAUAGUAUAGUUCAAAGAGAAAGAAAUAUAAUAAAUAAAAAAGGGAGAGUGGUAAUACGCACAUAUACAUAUAUACGUACAUAUACAUACGCGCCAUAACGCCGUCGAAAGACGCACUCGCCGGCGGCGAUAUAUAACAAACAUGGCGGUGAACAUGUGCGCGCGAAAUUGCACCGAGGACACAACCGGAUUCUUUUUCGAGAUGAUCUACGGCGAUAUUUCGUUACCUUGGAACGAAUAUUCCUAUUAUGUCACUUACAAUCCUUGGUUCUUCUCAAUACUUGGCAGUACUAUGGUUGGUCUUGCUGGUGUAUUACCACUUUUGGUUAUCCCCAUUGAAGAAGGCGCCGAUCUCAAGAAUGGAGCUAGCGCAGGAACAUUGAAAAUGCUUUUAAGCUUUGCCGUUGGUGGUCUUUUGGGUGACGUUUUUUUACAUCUUUUACCAGAAGCAUGGGAAAACGAUUCGUUGAAACGAGCUGAAAAUUCGAAUUCUCCAUCUAUGCCCUGUGGUCUUUGGGUUCUCACUGGAUUUUUAGUUUUUGUCAUCGUUGAAAAAAUUUUUGCUUUCGAUUAUGAUCCAGAGGAACAACAAACAGAUGAUAACAAGGAACCAUCUGAGAAUAUUACAAAAAAUCUUGAAACCGAAAAAGAAGAAAUGGAGAACAAUAAUUGUAUUAAUUUGAUUGGGAUUAAACAAAAGAAUGGCUAUAAUCAACGUUGUACGGGUAAUGAACUUUUGGAGGUGGAACCCUUUCUGGAAAAAAAACCAAUGAAGAACGGUUACAUGGAGAUGAGUAAUGGUGUGAAGAAAUCAAAAAAGAAUGGUUACUUAAAAUCAGAAUAUACGAAUGGCAUCGUUCUGUCUGAUAAUAUGUCAGUUGAUGAAGUCAGCAAUUGUUUGAAGAGACUUACGAAGAACAAUGGUCUUUCAUCGUCGUCAUCUUCAUUAUUGAAUGGAUGUAUCAUUGACAGAAAACGAGUAUCGUCUGAUACAAAGGAAAAAAUUACUCGGAAAACUGUUGAUACUGUUGUCCAAAAAACUAGGCCAAAGCACAUAGCAGGAUAUCUGAAUCUUAUGGCAAAUUGUAUUGACAAUUUUACUCAUGGAUUGGCUGUAGGAGGUUCUUUCCUCAUGUCCUUUCGAUUAGGCGCUCUAACUACGUUUGCCAUUUUGAUUCAUGAGAUUCCACAUGAAGUUGGUGACUUCGCUAUUUUACUUCGCAGUGGAUUUAGCAGAUGGGAUGCUGCGAGGGCACAACUUUUGACUGCAACCGGUGGCAUUUUUGGAUCUUUGGCCGCUAUUAUUUUUUCUGGCGGCGAAGUUGCGGCAAGGACAAGUUGGAUUUUACCAUUUACUGCAGGUGGUUUCCUCCAUAUCGGCUUAGUUACAAUUUUACCAGAACUGCUUAAAGAAUCUAGUCCAAAGGAAUCUUUAAAGCAACUCGCUGCUUUGUUAUUUGGUAUUACAUUAAUGGCGAUUUUAACAAUUCUUUGCGACUAAAAGAUAUAUAUUUCAAUCAAGGAAGGAAUUAAUUUGAACAAAUUUAUGUAGAGCACUAAAAUCUGUUGAUCAUUUUAUGAUGGUACUUUUCUGAAGUACAAUUUCUGUAAGAACACACUCUCAUUAAAUAAUAUAUGUGUGUGUAUAUAUAUAUAUGUAUGUAUGUAUGUAUGUAUGUAUGUUGUAUGUAGUAUAUAUGUAUAUAUAUAUAUUAUAUAUAUAUAUAUAUAUAUACACGAAUAUAUAUUAUAAAUGCCUAUCCCAAGAGAAAGAUAAUGUGUUGCCAUAAAGUUACAUAAUUUUGUUGCUCUAUUAAGAUAAAAUUUCAUCAAAGAAAGAUGAAUAAUCAACUGGGAAUUAAUUUAAUGACUGACCAUACUCUUAUAUAUGGAUACAUUAUUACACGCUCCAACACAUAAAUUGUAUCUUACAAAGUUAUAGGAGUCUAUGUAUAUAUAUAUAUAUUAAAAGUAUCCUAAAAUAUUAAAAACAGUUUAAAUAAGCUUGAGGGAAGCACUACUUUUCAGACUCUGUGAUCCUUUACAAUAAUUAAGAAUGUGUUUACUAUACGAAUCAUUUAAACUAACUAAUGUUAUAGUAUUCUUAUAAUCGAAGGAGAAGAGUGUAAAUUUAUUUUUAUAAUCUCCAAAGUUAAUCACAUUUCUGUAUCUAAAUAAACUUUAAUAUUUUUCCUCUUAUAAACUAAACAACUGAAAUGAAUUAUUUAUAUUGGCAAAUUGAAAUAGAUAAUGUUAUAUAUAGAUUGUGUUGAUCGCAACUACAUUUAAUUGAAUUCUGUAACAUUGUAUCCAGAAUAUUAUAUUAUGAGAUGUGUAACGAAUUGACGAAUGACAUUUCAUGUUAUGAAAAAGGUGAAGAUAUGUAAAUAAUUUUAAAUGCUUCCCCUUCUUUGACAUUGAAAUUAAAAAAGGGCAUUUUAUAAAACUUUAAAUUACAUGAGAUCACAUAUGAUAUAAAUUUUCCGGAUAUAAAAAAGAAAGAAAGUAGUACACAAGUAUAUUAAUCAAUAUACUUACCUGAUUAAAAACAGAGAGAGAAAGGACAUACGUUUGAGUUCCUAAAAAAAUUCUAUGUGAGUAUAUGUUUUCAAGAAAAACUUAUAGUAUAUUUAAGUGAGAACGAACGAUUGCGUUGAUGUUAUAUGAUGCGAUGGUGGGAAAAUAAAAUUGUAUAAUAAAUAAACGAAUUGAAAAGUUAAUGGAUACAAAAAUUAUAUUAUGUAAAGAAAUGUAAAAUUAAUGAUGUAGAUAUGUACGAUCAUUCGAGAAAUAAAUUUCAAUACGUAAUAUUUUAUAAAAUUAGAUGUAUAUCGCGCGCGCACAUACCCACACGCACACAAUUUCGUUAUCUAUUGAUAGAAAAAGAUUAAUUAAACCGAUAAUAAUCAUUAUCGAAUAAUUUUUAAAUUGGAAUUUUUUAUGAAAUAAUUAUAUAAUUAUCACGUUAUCGUUUGUUACUAAUAAGUAAGCAAAUGAGUAUACACAGUCAAGAUAAAUAGGCCUAGUCGUCUCUCAUAAUGCCUAGAAUAUAUAAAUAUCGUUCUCUCUAAACUUACAUAUGUAAACACAAGGAAAAAAAAAGAAAAGAAAAAAAAAAAAAACAGAAAAAAAAGAUACACAUCAAGAGUUUUUUCAAUGUAAUUAAAUUCAUUUAUAUCCAAACGGUAACUUAAUUAUUUUAUUCAAAACGAUACAUGCGAAUGUAUAUAUUGUUUAUAUAUCUCUUUGUAAUCAUAUGAUCUAAAACAAUCCUUGUACUUAAAAGGUAGAAAACAAGGUAUUCUUUUCAAAAAGAGAAAGACAACAAAAUAAUAAUGGAUAGACAACAAAAAGAAAAAUAGGAAAAAAAGAAAAAUAAUUAACAUGGUACAAGAGUGCCUUUCCAAAGCACCUGUAUAUACAAACCCUGUUUUAAAAUAUAUUUCCCACGUAUUAAUAUUUUUUGAAAGUUAUGACUUAUAAUAACGAAUCCAAUUAAUAUAUGUAAUCAUUAAAAUUUGUAAAUAAACUAUAUUAUAUUCUA